AUGAUGCUAUUCAGCACAUCACUAGCUGGACCAGCACUAGAUUGGGCGCAGCAUGAGCCACUCUCUACAAUCGAGUCAUGGAUCGAUUUUAGAGAAGCUUUCUUGGAGAUUUGCAAGGAAACCACCUUUCAAAUCCAACAUGUGGAGAGGAAUCCUUUCUACAAUUCUACUUCAGAGUGUGCAAAGGAGCAUCUAUGCAACUUUGAGCAGCUUUGCCACGACUAUGGACUUGGAGACAACCCCAAGAAGAUACAACUUUUCCAACUAUCUCUAGCUGGACAAGCCAAAGACUGGGCUAAGUUCAAUGCCCAACAUGCUUUCAAGACUUGGAAUGGAUACAAAGGAGCUUUCCUCCACAGAUUUGCAAAGGUCCUAUUUAUGUCCCACCACCACGCCCAAGCUAUUCACAACACCAUCCAUCAUCACCAGACAUAA